AUGACUCUGGCCCAGGAUGGCACAGCUUCUGCUCCAGAACAACAACCGCAGCCUCGCCCAUACCAAGGUGUCCGUGUCAAAGAGCCAGUGAAGGAGCUAUUGAAAAGGAAACGGGGAAAUGUUCACAACACCAGUACAACGGCAGCUACAACGGUUGUUUUGCCCCAUCAGACGCUCCCUUCCUAUUCACCAAUGGGCCAGCCUUGCAUCGAUAUGGAUGGUGCUGCCCCCGCGUUGCCUGUGACAGAUGAAGGAGCACUCUGUUCUGGCUGGCUCUCCCAGCCCUCCCCCACAUCCUUGCAGCCUUUAACCCAGUGGACCCCUUACCCUGACUACGUGUCCCACGAAGCAGUCAGCUGUCCAUAUACCGCCGACAUGUACGUGCAGCCGAUGUGUCCCAGUUACACGCUGGUUGGACCUUCCUCUGUUCUGACUUACACUUCUCAGCCGCUGAUCACCAAUUUUGCACCCCGAAGCGCCACCCCAGCCAUGGUGCCGCAGCUGGAGGUGUCGGAUCAGCAGCCACCCCUCACGUACUUCCCAUGGGCACAGCCCCUGUCCACGCUGCCGGCCUCCACCUUGCAGUACCAGCCAGCUUCUUCCACGCUCCCUGGGCCCCAGUUUGUGCCCUUGCCCAUCUCCAUCCCUGAGCCGGCCCCCCAGGAGCUGGAGGACGCCCGACGGGUCAUCGGCACGCUGCCCAUUGAGAAGCUGCUCCUAGAAGACGAAGACAAUGAUACAAUUCUACAUAUUUAUGCAGCUAAAGGUAUGAGGGCGUUUGCGUUGGCAGCUGCAGAGCGCAUGAAAGAGCUGCGAAGACUUGAUGCCAAGGAACACCGAGGAAAGGUAACGCGGACCAUCUUCUCCUGCAAACUGUAGUGUUUGGGAUGGGCACAGACUGCAUGCCUGACAGCAAGUGAUGCCAUGAAAAUCCACCGGCCUCUCUGGUACUGCAGAGGAAGCCUGGGGCAGUGA